AUGGAUAAGCGUGUAUCAUAUUUUUACGACCCAGAUGUGGGUAGUUAUUACUACGGACCAGGCCACCCUAUGAAGCCGCAGAGAAUAAGAAUGGCACACGCACUGGUGCUGAGUUACGAUCUAUACAGGCAUAUGGAAAUAUUCAGACCACAUAAAGCAGUAGAACCAGAGUUAUUGUCAUUUCACGACAGCGAGUACGUGCACUUCCUGUCAGGAGUGAGCCCAGAAAAUUACAGGGACUUUACAUACCAACUUAAAAGAUUUAACGUGGGAGAAGCCACAGAUUGCCCAGUCUUUGACGGGUUAUACGUGUUUCAACAAUCAUGUAGCGGAGCGUCAAUAGACGCAGCACAUAGAUUGAAUAACCAGCAAGCAGAUAUAUGCGUAAACUGGUCAGGAGGGUUGCACCACGCAAAAAGGUCAGAAGCAUCAGGAUUCUGCUACCUCAACGAUAUCGUACUGGGAAUACUGGAGUUGCUAAAGUACCACGCGAGAGUAAUGUACAUCGACAUAGACGUGCACCACGGAGACGGAGUAGAAGAAGCAUUCUACGUAACACACAGAGUCAUGACAGUGAGCUUCCACAAGUUCGGAAACUUCUUCCCAGGAACAGGAGACGUGACGGACGUGGGAGUGUCCUCAGGAAAGUACUACUCAGUGAACGUGCCACUUAACGACGGAAUGGACGACGAAAGCUUCGUGGACCUGUUCAAGGUGGUCAUCGGAAAGUGCGUGGAAGUAUACAACCCAGGAGCAAUAGUACUGCAGUGCGGAGCAGAUUCACUGACAGGAGAUAGACUGGGAAGAUUUAACCUGACAAUCAAAGGACACGCAGCAUGCGUGCAAUACGUAAGAAGCCUCAACAUCCCACUGCUGGUGCUGGGAGGAGGAGGAUACACAAUAAGAAACGUGGCAAGGUGCUGGGCGUACGAAACAGGAGUCAUCCUGAACAAGCACGAAGACAUGUCGAACCAAAUAUCACUCAACGACUACUACGACUACUACGCACCAGACUUCCAGCUGCACCUGACGCCCUCACAAAUGACAAACUAUAACACGCCGGAGCACCUGGAAAAAAUUAAAAUUAAAAUACUGGAUAACCUGAGGUACGUGGAAAAGUCGCCAGGAGUGCAGUUCGCACACGUGCCGCCGGACUUCCUGACGAGAGAAGACGACGAGGACGAGGCGCAGCAAAGACAAGUGUUCGACGAGGGAGGAGGACUCAACGCACUGAAGAAGAGAAACCCGUCGUACGCAGGAACGCACAAGCUGAGAAGAAGAGAUAACAGGGGAGAGCUGUACGACCUGCCAGACAGAGACGAACAAGUGCCAAUAUAG